AUAUUAAAUAGUCAUGCAAAAGCCCAUAGGCGUUAAAUAAUUUAAAUGCGGCAUCCAAACACCGCGUAAGCUCUCCCAAGUCUCAACCAACAGAUCAUCACUAUCCGUCCGGUAAAUAAAACGUGUAGGGCUUGGAUCUGUCCGUAAAUUGUGGAUGAUCGACGGCCGAAAAAGCAGAAACCUUUCAUUCAAAAGCCGAAUUCGAUGGUAGCCAAUUUGCGACACCCAAACAAAGCCCUCCUUCUCCUCUUCCCCAAUUCUCUAACCCACAGGCUCUCCAUCUCUCUCUGCAAUUCUGCCUUUGCACAACAGAAGGCAUCAAAAAGCUUUGUUACAAAUGGCUGAAGCUAAACCAGCAAUGAGGAAACCAGUUUUCAUUAAGGUUGAUCAGCUGCGACCAGGCACUAGUGGACACACUCUCACUGUUAAAGUUGUUAGUUCAAAAAUGGUUGUGCAGAAGGGCCGUGCGGAUGCUCCUCAAGUACGUCAAAUGAGGAUUGCUGAAUGCUUAGUUGGAGAUGAGACAGGAAUGAUUGUGUUUACGGCCAGGAAUGACCAAGUGGAUUUGAUGAAGCCUGACACCACCAUAAUCCUGCGUAAUGCAAAAAUUGACAUGUUUAAGGGUUCAAUGAGGCUUGCUGUUGACAAGUGGGGUCGUGUUGAAGUAACUGAACCUGCCCCCUUUACGGUUAAAGAAGAUAACAACCUGUCACUUGUAGAAUAUGAGUUGGUUAAUGUUGUUGAAGAAUGAGUAGUGAAAAUGUGGUCACUCUCCCAGCAUUGCGGGGACGAAUUUGAAUGAGGCAAGAUGUGGAUUUUAUGGUUUUGAGAUUGACAAAGUGGUAUUUAUGUUGUUCUUCUGGUCAUCUUGUGUGCAUGAUGCCCAUAAAAGUUCUUAUUUAGGAAGAAAACUGAGGACUGCUACAAAAGAAAGUCUCAAUUGUACUGUGGAUGCAGAUGGACCGGUUGUUGGAAUCGUAUCGGACUAUAACACAGCUGGUGAUUACAGUCGGAUAUAGAUAAAAGAACUUGCUUUGGUCACAUAUUUGUGCUGGGACAUAAAAUUACUCCUGUUAUGAGAUACAUUGAUACUGUGCAAUUUCAAUUUCUCCAGAGCUGCUUUUGUUUCA